GUAACGUCACCGGAAGAAACGCUUUCGUAAUUUCUACGCGACUAGGGCGGGCGAUUUGAGUGGAUUCACCGAGGCUGAGAUACCACCGUUUCUGUUUCAAAAAUAAAUACGACAAGAAUCGGUUGUUUCCCCAGUUGAAGGUCAGUAUGAACGAAGUGACACCUCGAAGCAUAAUGUCGGACUCUAAUAAGCUCAACAGCACGCUGCGAAGACGGUCACCGCGAUUGAGUUCUCCUCCUGAGGCUAACGUAAAAACUGACAAAAACAUGGCGACGGCAUCUGUCGCCGUUAAACGCUCCAUAACUGUGAGGAAAAUAGCUCCCAGAAAAACAGUCGCACCGUCGGAGCACAACAAGGAGAACACGCCGAGAAGGUCGGAAUCGAAAGGCAACCAGCAGAAAAAGCAGAAGGUCUCCACCCCGGGUCCGGACCCGGACCGUCGCGGCUCCUCCUCGGUUGAGAAGAAGAAGAAAGAGAAGGCCGCUAUGCCCUCACCGAUCCUCCCCUCGCCGCCCUCUCGUCCCCAGCAGCCGGCGGUGGAUCCAGAGGACGCGGUGUGGUCGCAGAAAGUGCGUCGGUCCUACAGCAGGCUCAGCGACAAGUCAUUCAGCAGCCCCGACUCCCGUGAGACUUUAUUCGGCUUUGAGAAGCUGCAGACCCCCGAGGUCGUCCGGAGGGUCGGACAGUCCAAGACUGGUCUGGAGGCUUCUGGGUCCUUGUCCUGUCUGAACUCAUUCACGUCUUUGCUCGAGGCGGACUACUGUGGUUCAGCUCUCCCCGAGCCGGAUCCAAAUAUCCCCGGAGUGGCUGUGGUGAAGGAGAAGAGGAGGAGGAAGAAGGUCCAGCAGAUAGACACCACCGAGCUGGACGCACUGGCUGCAAAGAUGAACGCAGUGUUUGAGGAGGCAGAGGAGUUUGAGCUGGUCGUGGAGUAAAAUAUUGCGACUAAAAGACUGGGGUAGACUGAAGGACUCUCUUAUGGCAUGUUGUUUUUGUCACUGACACGCUGAAAAAACACGGACUCUGGAUGUGCUUCUUACUCAAAACAAAAAAGUUUUUGUAUAUUUCUAGUUCUUUAUAUUGUAAAUUUUGAUUCCUUGGAGGUUCCUCUUUUUGCUUAUUCAUUUCAAUGCUCUUAAUGCGGUUGUUUAGCUCUUUAUUGUGCCUACCAUGGUCUCACUUGAGUAUUGUUUUCAUUUCAAAAUGACCAGUAGUUGCAUGUUCUCUCUCUCUUUCCAUUAUAAAUAAAACCUUUUUAUACAGAUGAUCUUUUAGAGCUGAAACGAUUAAUCCGUUAGUUGAUUACAGAAAAAUAAUCGUCAACUAUUUUGAUAAUUGAUUAAUCGUUUCAGUUUUAGGGUGAUGUUGCUUUUCCUUGUUACACAUCAUA